GGUCCUUCAGUGCGCAGUUACGGAGCUCAGACUCAGAGAGGAGGGGGCGUGUCUAUGUUGUCGGAGCAGAACUGGGACAGGAGAGCAGUAUGUAUUACUGUAUUACCACCAGAACUGACUGCCUUGCUGCAGGGAGGUCAGUGCGCGGGGUGAGACUAACCUAAGCGACCAUACGUUAUUGUGUACACAUGCAACUCAAAUGAACAGGUACCGCCGCUCAAAAAAGGAGAUACAGAACCGGGACUUUAUUGAGCUGAAUCACGCUGCCGCCACCAGCCUUCAUUGAUUUUAAGAAAGCCGUUUGAUUGAAGUUGCUACUCCAGAAAGGAGAAGGGAGCGAGAGAGGAGAGAAGGCGCUAACGAUGAACAGGUUCAGAAAGUGGCUGUAUAAGCCUAAGAGGUCGGACCCGCAGCUCCUCGCUCAGUUCUUCUAUGCGGAUGAGGAGCUGAACCAGGUGGCAGCUGAGCUGGACAGCUUGGACGGCAGGAAGGACCCACAGCGAUGCACCCUGCUCGUCAACCAGUUCAGAUCCUGCCAGGAUAACGUGUUAAACAUCAUAAACCAAAUCAUGGAUGAAUGUAUUUCCAGCGACCGGGCGAAUCGGGACUUUUGCGUGAAGUUCCCUGAAGAAAUAAGGCAUGACAACCUGGCAGGGCAGCUCUGGUUUGGGGCGGAGUGUUUAGCGGCUGGCUCGAUCAUCAUGAACCGGGAGAUUGAGAGCAUGGAGAUGCGGCCCCUGGCCAAGGACCUGACGCGCAGCCUGGAGGAGGUGAGGAACACCAUGCGAGACCAGUCCCUGCGCGACCUCAAUCUCCACACCGACAAGAUGAAGGAGUCACUGCGCCACUUUGACAGCCUCUUCGCAGAGUUCGAGCUCAGUUAUGUGUCAGCAAUGGUACCUGUAAAGACACCUAAAGAAUACUACGUUCAACAAGAAGUGAUAGUGCUCUUCUGUGAAACAGUGGAAAGGGCACUAAAGCUUGGAUACCUUACACAAGACAUGAUUGAUGACUAUGAGCCAGCACUAAUGUUUACAAUUCCAAGACUAGCCAUUGUAUGUGGGCUGGUAGUUUACUCUGAUGGACCACUGAACCUGGAUCGCAAGCCUGAGGACAUGUCCGAGCUCUUCAGGCCAUUCCGCACCUUAUUGAGAAAGAUCAGGGACUUGCUGCAGACCUUGUCAAAAGAGGAGCUGUUCACACUGGAGCGCAACCUGUGCAUCUCACAGGAUGGGGAGUUCCCAGUGGUGCAGGCCCUUCCCGAGGCGGUGGUGCUGCCUUCUCUUCCUCCCCAUCUCCUUCCAGUCCCUCCCACCAGUGCCGCGAGCCCCUCUGACCCUGAAGAACCACCUGCCUCUCCAAGAGCAGGGGGGCAGGACAGGGGAACAGGGGACCAGCUGCUUUCGGGGAAGGCGGAGAAAACGGAGGCCGAGCUGGCCUGCUCCAUGCAGUACGACGAGCAGGAGCUGCAGCAACUCAACAUGAUGGUGCACAGAGUGGGUGAUGAGAUGUCCUGCCUACUCUCCCCGCCCAGCCUGUUCCAAUCCCCGGCUCACCGAGGGGGGAGCAGCGGCAACUCCAGCACCGAGGCCUCGCCAGGGAGGAGGCCGUCCGCCCGGACCAACAACAACAACAACGACGAAGAGGAAGAGGACCGUGUCUUCUUUAUGGAUGAUAUAGAAGGGUCCGGUGAAGCCCUGGCUGGGAUGGAUGGCAACUCCUCCUCUUGUGCAAUGAGAGGUGUCCACUGUAAUCAGCAAGACACCAGAAAACCUCCUCUUCAAGUCCAGAGAGAAGCUGACACAGCAGUGGUGCAGAAUGGUUGGCCAGGGGCCUCUCUGGUGGAGGCAGCCCUGAGACUAAACAAAGUAAGUAACACCAAAGCACUGCAACAGCCACCAAUUCCACCACCAGCAGCAGGCACCGACAGCCAGAGCAUUGCACACCUCCCCUCGGAAGGGCGUGAGGACCUCAAUGGCUGGGAGACAGGCACUGAGGACGUGGAAACCGCAGAGAUGAUUGCCCACAGGACUGGCGGGAUGAAAUUAUCUGCCACCGUCAUCUUCAACCCCAAAUCCCCGACCCUCUCCAAUCUGACUGUGGAGGCUGCUGCAGAUAAACUCCUGCUGUCUCCUGCUUCUCAUGAGGAACCCCCGUCGGAACUUCCCUUUGAGGGGCCUCACAAGCUAAAUGGCUUGGCGGCUACGAACUGUCUGAUCAAUUCCUGUGUGUGUUGUGGGAGCUGUGAGGACAGCCGCGAGGAUGGCAUGGAAGCUUCGGGGAACAAGGGCAAGAGGAUGACAUCCGCCAUGGUUAUAGACGCUGCCAGCAGUUUAGUGAACAAGGAAAUGGAUCCUCUCGAUAGUAAACUCGACUGCACAUCGCCCAUACAGGAGGAGGUGAAAAAUGAGCAAAAGUGCAUCAAGUGCCUGACACACACCUCAGGGACACAGGCCAUGACUGAGUGUGUCCUGCAAGGGGAUACAGGGGCCUGUAGCCACCAGAGUCAGAUCGAGAGACGGCGGCAGCCCAGUGGGGGAAAGGAAAGGAAAGUGGAGCUGAAUGACAGGACAGCGAGCAACAGAGAGGCAGAGGAACAUGUCACUAUGAAAUCCAGAUCGAGUUCUUGUGGCAGUUUGCAGGAUUCCCCGCUCAGUUCCAUCUCUAGCAGUGACUGUGAGAGUGUGUCUGUCACCACUUGUAGUCUGUCCAGCACAUACACACCAAGCCCCAUCAGCAGCCUGACCACCAGCUCGUACACCUCAGGGGACCUCGACCACGAGGAGAUCCAGCUUGCCCUGCACGCAGCCAAGAUGGCAUCCCGGGAGAAGAUCCGCUCCCGAUUCCACAGCAGCAGUGACCUCAUUCACCGGCUCUUCGUCUGUAUCUCAGGUGUGGCUGAUCAGCUACAGACCAACUAUGCCAGUGAUCUCAGAAGCAUCUUGAAGACGUUGUUUGAAGUCAUGGCAACAAAGCCUGAACUGGAGGACAAGGACAAGCAGAAGAAAGCUGGCCAGGGCCUGAGAAGUGCAGCACUGGAGGACUGCGCUUUGUGUCAGGAAAACAUUUCAUCCUCCGAGAUUGCUGCCAAGGCCAGGGACGGGGAGUUUGAAGACCCUCCAGACUGGGUUCCAGAUGAGGUCUGCAGCUUCUGCACUGCCUGCGAAGCUCCCUUCACUGUCAUCCGCAGGAAGCACCACUGCAGGAGCUGUGGCAAGAUCUUCUGCUCCCGCUGCUCCUCGCACUCUGCCCCCUUGCCCCAGUACGGGCAGGUGAAGCCUGUGAGGGUGUGCACUCACUGCUACAUGUUCCACGUCACCCCCUUCUACAGAGACAAGACUGGGAUCUGACAACAGUCCUGGCCAGGGGGACAGGAUGCACAGGGACACGUUCUAUUACAAACAAAUAACACUGCUAGAAAUAAUGAUUCAUAUUAAAUAAAUACAUUUUAAAAAAUGGAAGUUGCCUAUAGACCCGGAUAAAAGCAUCGUUGGCAUUGAUGGAGCCUUUUUGUAGAGACUAUUUUAAAAUAAAAAGUUGUUUAAUAACAAGCUGCUGAAAGGGAAGCACUGAACAACCCUUUGCCACAUGGCUACAUUCUUCCACAGCUUUCUUUCAUACUCUGCAUUGGUAAUGUUGGUGUUCUAAUGCUGGACAGAGAAAGGGAACGCUUACUCUUACUGCUACACUGGGAAGGAGCAGGGCUUAGGCAAUAAGCAGCAUUGCAACUUAAUACUACACAGGAAUGGCAUUUUACAUGGUUUUUAUGAUCUUGACACAGCAGCCAGGAGCAUAAUGCGAAACACUAUACAUGUCCUUAAGAAACAAACAAAUUUCAUUUGCAUUGUCAUUGGAUACUGUGCACUGCCAAGGUGAUGUAUAAUUCUAUAAAUGGCGAUGAAUGUGUGUGAAUAAAUAGACUUGUUUUCAUGGAGGAGGGCACCCAUGAGACUCCUUAACACCAGUUCUUGAUGAAUCCACUGCAUAUUAGGUCUGGUAUGCAAUCAAGGGCAAAAUACUGGAGUUGUGCAGACUCUUUGUCAUACACAAAAUACUUUUAAACAGGUAUAUAAUCGUAUAGUAUGUCAAACAGCAUUACUUUAUGUUCAUUUGGUGAGAAUUCAACUGAUAACAACUUUAAUUUCACUUUUCACAAUAGAAUUAUUCAAGCCACUUCACUGAAUAGUGACUCCAGUGGCUGCAAAGCAAAUCUCUCCAGCCACUGAGAUCCAAAAAUUCUAUUAGAGACCUGAUCAUCUCACGUUGUACUACUCUAUCUGAAGACAUGAUGAUUAGGGUCAUGCCUCAAUUAGACAUCCAGUCCACAGCUUUCUUUCAUCAUUCCAAGAGGAAAUGUAAUUGUCAAUCUGUUUUCAUAAAGCAGACUCCGGAAUGCAUAUUAUACUGUGGUAUAUAAUACAAGCCUAAGAAUAGAAUGUAUAGAAAUGAAUAAAUAAGAAGGUGUCUGAUUAGAUUACAGAGCCACACUGUCAUGUUUAGAUUAUCUAUGUGUGUCAGUCUGGCUCUGCAUAGCAACAUGAGGAACUGGAAUGAAGGGAGUUCUGUACUUAAUGUAACUUAAUUAAUUUGGAAAGGUGAAUCAACACUGGAUUAUUCAAUUCAUUCUCAGGCAUGGCUCUGCUUUAUUUCCAGUUGCUUUUUUGAUUUAACAUUUCCAGUAAUAAUCUACUUUACGCUUAAAUCUCAGGAUUCACAUUCCAAUGAUCUAUUUGUUUUAUUUUUGAGUAAAAAAACAGACUUUUUCUUUUGUUCUUUCCUUUUUUUUUUCUUUUUUUUUUUAAAUAUAUAAACACAGUAACGUAAAAUUGUGAAGAAGAUUAAACAGAAAAAAAUGCUUCCUCUGUAUAAACUGAAUGACAUUUAAAGGACAG